AUGUAUAAAGCUAAUUUAACACCGAAACCAUAUGCAUCACCAGCACAAUGUGUUAUUGAUCAGCCUGAUACACUGGAAAAUAUUGCUAAAAAAGAAAAGAAAAACUUCAAAAAAUUAUCAAAAAGAGAAAAAAAAAUUGAAAACAUCUGUGAGAUUUUAAAUCUGAGUGAAACUGAAUUACUCAAUUGUAAACAUUCAACACAUAUAACACGAACAUGUAGAGCUGUUACAAAAAGUUUAUAUCCUGACAUUGAUACGCAAGCGGAAAAGUGCCUUAAAUCAUUACCACGUGAACAAAUUCGUGCUAUAAUUGAAUAUGCAAAAUUGGUUCAUCCAUGUGAAAGACAAACUUCAAUAUCUAAACUAAAAAAUACUAUUGGAAAUACAGAAUAUUUUCAAUCAGAAGCCAAAAAAUGGAAGGUAUAUAUGGCAGCUGCAUCUAUUAAGAACACAGUCGAACAAAUAGAACCAAUGGAAAUGAUCACGGAAGAAGAGAAUAUGAGUUUGCCUAUUUCUAGACGAUCACCUAAUGGUCCAGCAGGAGCACUACCAGCACCUUUAUACUUAAGUGAAUUUCCUGAAAUAUUUGAUGAAUGGUUACCAGAACCAUCCCGCUCUAUCUCAUACACUUAA